AAAGGAUUAUUCAGGCGCUUACAAAUGGGCACUCUAAACUUUGAAACUCUUCGGAAGAACUUUCUGGCGUCGCUCCAAUUUGGCUGGUUAAGAUUAUUAAGAUCUAUUCGACAUAGUAUCAUUGCUUUGUGCAAUUGUUUUUAUCAAGAAAUGAAAGUCAAUGUGCAUUACAACGGUGGAGUUCGCCGCCGUGGCUGCAACGUAAAUGUCUUUCAUAUUCACGGUGGAGAAGGCAGAGGAAACGGAUAUCUGGAUUAUCCUUCCCAGGACGCGCAAGACGCCCGCCGGCGUUUUAAUUUGUUACUAUGGAUGGUGACGGAUAAGGCAAAGAGCGAGUUGGGAAAUACUAUCAAAAAGGCAGAAUUUAAAAGAGAACUAAUAAGGAUUGCAAAGUCCGAUGAAGAAAUGAUUCGAAUUCUCACCAUCAUGAAUGCUCCCUAUCAACCUGGCUGUGUGGAGACCAGAUUUUUAAAACAUGUCUUUUCUAAUGUGGACGGCUUUGCAGUCGCUGCAGGGCUGAAAUAUCUCCCAAUAGAACCGGAGAUCGAAAACUAUUAUAUACUACCAUGAGUAUGCUCAAAUACAUCAUUAUUAUAAAAAGUUAAAUAUUAACCAUUUCAAAAAUCAGAAGAAUCUUAUUAUCUUAAGAUACAAAAAGUUAAAAGAAGACUAUGUUUAUAUUUUAAGAAGUUACAAGAAUCCAAAGGACACAAGAACAAAUAAGAGGUUAAAUAUUAACAAUUUCAGAAAUCAGAAAAAUCCUAUUAUCUUAAGAUACAGAAAGUUAAAAGAAGACUAUGUUUUUAUUUUAAGAAGUUACAACAAUCCUUUGUUAUUAUUUUAAGACACAAGACUAAAAGAACAAGAAUAAUUUGAACCAUUUCAUUAAAAAGAAAAACUAACAAAAAA